CUUUAUAUACGUUGACGACGAGUGAGCGAAUUACGAUCACAUUCCAACGAGACGUCCGUGGGAUUUUCGAGAUCAGCCUUGCAUCCGCAUUCCAUCUCGAGUGUCCCAUAUACGCCGCCGAGACCCAUUCGCAUUCCAGCGCUGCUGCGGCGUGAGAUCAUCCAAUCACACCGUCGCUCCACGGGAGGACGGGUGUGGAUAGAGGACAUUUACCUCGGGAAUUUGGGAACAUAAUCAGAAACCAUGCCUGGAGAAUUCCAAGUCGGUUGGUAUCGGUUCAUACCGUUCCUAGGAUACCACCAUGUUUUGAUGAUUCUAAUAGCAGUCGCCAUAAUAUUAUUAUCACUCUUACUAGCAGGCUGUUCAUCUUCCUCCCCCCUUAUCCCCGACAUCUUCCUCCUCUCCAUCUACUACGAAAAGUACACCGCCGUACCGGACACGUCGCAAGUAGACUACAAUGUCAACCAAGCCAUCAGCAACAUCGUCGGGUCUGCGCAUUUGCAGGCCCGCGUCGGCUACUUCGGCAUCUGCAUCAACCCCGACGGCGGCUCCUGGCUUUGCAGCAACAACGCCACCGCGCUAGCCAACGAGGUCUCAGUCGAUCAGGACCCGCUGAACCUCAUCUGGCUGGCGAGUCAGUUCAAGGACAUGAUCGUGUUCCCUUACUUGAUCAUCAUCGCUAUCAUCUUCGCCUUCGUAUGUUUCCUGCUCCUGGCCACCUUCCCCGGCUGGCACGAGGAGGAGGACAGCGAGGGAUCGGAUCGCGAGAUCAAGCCUUUCCCCAGCAGGCCGGUCUCGCAGAUCGCGCUGGCUAUUAUUUUCAUCGCAUCUAUCUUCGUGCUCGUGUCGGUGCUGUGGCAACACACGGCGUCAGUUGCCGCGUCCGUUAUAGCGCAGGACUUCGGUAAUGGCAGCGUGUUAUCAGGAAUCGGAACCAGUGCCAUGGUAAUGGGUUGGUUCAGCUUCACGCUCCUAAUCAUCGUCACGAUCGGCCUGCUCGUCAUGAUAUUAAGUAUCAGGGUGCUCUCGCAACUAGCGGAUUAGAGUUGAAGAGAGAGAGCACAGAGCCGGGGGGAAAUGGAGAGAGUUUUCGGCUGGGUUUUAUGACAUGCAUUUGGAAAACGAAACAAAAUAACAGGACGAUGAAUGCGAGGGGGGAAAAUACUUGUCUAUAUGGGAAAGGCAACUUGGCCGCUUUUAAAGAACGCGACGAACAUUUUCUGU